AUGAUGGGAAAAGGCCUGGAGUCACACAAGCAGAGCAUCAACGCAGAUACCCGUAUCAAUCUCAAGAAGCUGCCACAUAUCAGCUACCAAUACCCAAGCCUAGAUGAGAUCCAUCAGUUCAUGCUGGACUUUGAACUUCAAGCUGCGCACCAGACCGACGAACAAAGCUGCCACCGCGGAUAUGACCCCAAUCACUACGUGUAUUAUGCGCAGAAGGGCGACGGUAAGUUUCUGGAAAGGGCCUUCGAAGCAGCUAGUCUAGAAGGCUCCAAACGAGCAGGGGCCUUGCCCAAGGCCGGUCCCAUGCAAGAGCUAACGGAUGCCCCAGGCGCUGGCUCCUUGCCGGGUUAUUUUGGCCUUUCAACCCAGGUUUUCGAGUCCCGAUCACAAUUCUAUACCUCAACAUUCAACAUCCAACAACCGACCCCCGUAGACCACGCGUUCUUCCUCGGCCCCAGCACGACGACAUCGCACGUGCACCAUUGCUCAAUCGAGGUCCAUGACUACGACACACAGCAGCCAGGUCAUCAGUUGCUGGUCAAGAAGAGAUAUAGGCCGGCCUCGGGAGUGGGACAUUAUGUCCUGCGGUCUCAGAUCUUCAAUUACUGGUGGGAAUUUCUCGGGCAAUAUGAUCGAACACUACGCCGAUGGCGACUUAGUAAAUGCAGAGACGUAAUUGGAUAUAUGAUCCCUGCGGGGCCAGCUUUGUUGGCGAUUUGGGGCCCUGAACUACCCGCUGCAUUUUUCGAGUGA